UAUCACCGGCUAAGUCGGGGGUUUUCCCCCAAAUUUCCGUUCCAAAAUCUUCUGCUAAUUUAAUUCCACAGUUAAGGGAGGCGGUGAGCUUGGAUUCUAGAGUUUGGGCUUACAGCUUCCUCGAGGUUCUGCGCCAGCGCUCCCAUGCAAUCCCCGAUUACUUGUUGACUGCUGGCAAUGAUGUCAAGACCUGUGGUUCUUGUUUUUCUGCUGGUGAUACUAAUAAUCACAUCACAGUUUGAAUGGAAACAGCAACUCACGAAUGAAAUAGAAACUGGUUCAAUCUUCUCCCCAAGGCAGCCCCAGGUUUCAAAUAGAGAAGAAGUUAUUAAGGAAAAGGUUAGUUCGUAGCAUACAAAUCCUUCU